AUGAAGAAGGGCAAGCCAACAGUCUUUGAUGCUCAUAUCUUGAGUAAAGCACAUCAGUAUAUUUUAUUUAAUUGUGAUGCUGUCACACCUUACAUAGAGCAGCAUCGUAUAUUGAUAGAAGAAGGACAUCCUCAAAUUCCACAGCAUCUAAAAGAGCGCUUGCACAGCGAAAAUUUUGCAUGUUGGUUUGCUGAACAUAUUGACAAGUUAGAACUUCCUCAAAAUGUUUCGGUGUUGAGAGAGUUGAGGUUCCUUGCUAAAGGUCCAGAUGUUGUUGGAAUCCAACAUGACAGGUUUGUUGUUAAUGGAUUUCGGUUUCACACCAAAGAAGUUGAGAAGAAAAGAAAAACGCAGAAUAGUGGUGUUACAGUCAAUGCAACAACAUCCAGUUUUGCAAGUAUAAGGGAUCAAAAUCCAGUUUUGAGUGAACUAGUUUACUUCGGCGUCUUGAAAAAUAUGAUUGAAUUAAUUUACGGAGGUCAUCGGGUGGUGUUAUUCGAAUGUGAUUGGAUAUCAAAUGGUUCGAGAAUGAAACAAGAUGCUAAUGGGUUUACUUUAGUCAAUUUUGCAAACGUGAGGCCUCAUGUUGAGCCAUUUAUACUCGCUUCACAAGCAUCACAAGUUUUUUAUGUGGAAGAUCCAACUGAUAAGGAUUGGCAAGUGGUUAUCUCUACCACUGCAAGAGCUGGAUAUAACAUGGGCACAACUAUGGAUGUUGACACAUAUUUGCAAAGUGAUGUUGGCAAUCCUGUUGUUGAGAAUGAAAAUGAGGAAAUUAGUUGGGUUCGUAAGAAUGGACUUGGGAUUGAAGUUGAUUUGUCCCAAUAUAAUUUGAUUUAG